AUGAAUUCCGCAUUAAUAAGUGCGGACAUGAGUCAAUGCACAAAACUCCUAGUCCUCAGUGAUGGCUGUUUCAGUAGAUGCUCCAGAUUGAGCAAUGUAAAAUUACCUCCAAAACUAACGAAAAUUUCAUAUGGAUGUUUUUAUAUUGAUUCUGCUUUAACAAAAAUUGAAUUUCCUGAUACUUUGACAGAGAUUGUGGGUCCUACUCAGACGCAUGGAAGUGUUUUUGGAUCUUCUGGAAUAAAAGAAGUUACAAUUGGCCAAAAUUCUCAAUUGCAGAAAUUGAGUGCAAAUGCUUUUGCAUUCACAAAGCUAGAAUAUUUUCAUAUUCCAUCAAAAUGCUUGCUGCAAGAUGGUUCAUGUUUCCAAGGUUGUCCUAUUAUUGGUAUAUCAGUUGAUGAAAGGAAUACAAAUUAUAAAGUUGAUGGCCAAAUGCUGCUCUCUGGACCUGGAUUUACCAAUCUUGUUUAUGUGAGUUCAAGGUUAACAGGAACAUUUCAAGUUCCUUCUUAUAUCACUUCAAUCGGUAAUUCUGCAUUUAGAGGAUCAAAAUUCAGUAAGAUAAUUUUUUCCACAAAUAUAACUUUUAUUGAUAGUUUUUGUCUUGGAGAAUGCCAAAUUGUCGAUUUCGAAUUUCCUUCUCAAAUAAAAAAUAUUUCAUCUUUUAUGUUUCAAGGAUGUCGAAAUUUAGUGACAGUAAAAUUAACAGAAAAUAUCACAGAGAUCAAAAGUAGUGCAUUCUAUUAUUGUCAAAAACUUAAAAACAUCGUUUUACCAUCUAGUUUGAAGAAUUUAGGAGACACUGCCUUUAUUGGAUGCAUUUCAUUAACAGAAAUAACUCUCCCCAAAAAUUUGGAAACAAUAGGUGAUGGCGUUUUUACAGAAAUUCCUAAUUUAACACUUCAUUCAUUAAGUCCCAAAUUUGUUGUUGACAAUAAUAUGAUGUAUAAGGAUGACAAUAGAACUUUAUUAGUUUAUGUAGGAUCAGAAGAAAAUACAGAUAUUUCUAUUUUAGCCGAGUGUAAUUUUAUUGCUCGAGGAACUUUUGCAGAAAAGAAAAUAAAAGAUGUUUCUUUCAAAAGUUCCAAUGUGGAUUUGGAUAUUACUAUUGGUGAAACUGUUUUCAAAGAAUCAACCAUACAUUCAAUUGUUUUCCCACCAGGUUUGAAAACUAUCUCAAAUAAUGCUUUUGAUAGUUGCUCGCAGCUAAUAAGUGUAACAUUCCAAGGAACAAAAAUUACAACAAUUCCUGGUUCUUGUUUCAUAAAUUGCAAUAUGCUUUCAUCAAUUAUUCUCCCAACAUCUAUUACUUCAAUAGGAGAAUAUGCAUUUGCAAACUGCAAAAAACUUGGAGAUAUUGGAUUAUCUAACUUAAAUUCACUAACAUCUAUUGGAACUUAUGCAUUCUCAGAAAGUGGAUUGACAACUGCGAACUUACCAAGUUCAAUAGAAUCAGUUGGUAUCAGAUCAUUUGCCAAUUCUCAAAUCACAGAUUUCACUAUAUCUUGUAAUAUUCCAAGUAUGUUAUGCCAAUCAUGUACAUCAUUGAUAACACUUACACUCAAUAAUGGUGUCACAGAUAUUGGAACAUAUGCUUUUGAUGGAUGUAUUUCAUUGACGGAUUUCAUAAUUCCAAGUUCAUUAGCUACUAUUCAAGGUUUUGCAUUUCAAUCAUGCGAAGAACUGAGAACAUUGAUAAUGGGAGCUGACUGCACGCUUUCAAAGAUUGAUGGUGGAUGCUUCUAUGGUUGUUAUAAUUUAAAAUCUGUUAAGCUUCCUCAAAAUGAUCAAAGAUAUCGAUUUGAAAAUGGUGCAUUGACAAAUCACGCACAAACAAAACUUAUUCUCUUCCUUCCAUACAGCGGUGUUAAAAAUUUCAUUGUUCCGUUAGAAAUGGAGACUAUCGGAAGUUGUGCUUUCAUGGGAAGUCCAACUCUCUUAAGAGUAUUCUUCAAUGGAAAUAAUAUUAACACUAUCGACUAUCAGGCUUUCAAAGAUUGCAAGAAUUUGAAUUUUGUUUUCUUCUCAUCAUCUAGUAUCUCUCAAAUAGGUACAAAUGCAUUUGACGGAUGCCCUCUUCUUCGCAUGUGUGGAUCAUUUUCAGCGCCACAAGCUGUGCAGGAAAAAAUUAUUAAUAUUGGGAAUAUUCCUAAGAUUGCAUUUUCGGAAGAUUGUGCUUUUGCUAAUUCAUGCAGAGCAAUUAAAAAUAUUGGAAUUCCAUUCUCAUACUUAUAUCCAUUUUUAACUAUUGAAUUGUAA